UACUUUCUGGAUGCACUGUAUAUUGGCUUUUAUUUUGGUGGAAAACAUGAAGACCUCCAUUUAGUUGGAAACUAAAUUUUUAAAUUCACUUCUCAUUAGGCGAAAUGCUGUAAACCUCUGUCCUCAAAAAUGUUUGAGAUUAUGCUGGCUGUAAAACCAAAGUGAAUCUGGCACAUGUUGUGUCUAAAUGCAUUUUAUAAGCACAGACAGAGAUGAAGUUGGUGUGAAGCAGCAGUUACUGUGAACCGAGCCACUCUAAAUCACUGAUGAGCCGAACACAGUGACACGACUUUACCAUUUCAAAAAGCAACGAGAUGUGUGCUGGGCAAAACGACAUAACCGUGUCCGUUUUCACCGUCACGUCCAAAAGUAUCACGGUUCGCUGGAUGGGACAGUCUGACGCGAGCUCCUACAAACUGACCACUACACCGAAAAACUCGCGUGAGCAGUCUGUGUUCACGCAGUUCGGCAGCAGCACGGUUAUGGGCUCCGUGAACUCACUCUCCGCGAAUACAGUGUACGUGGUGCGUGUGGAGGCUAUGGACAGCUCCGUGAACGUACUCAGCAGCGCCGAGACCGAGGAGACAACGGCACCCGAGGUUCCUUCCAUUGUGCAGGCCUAUUCCAAACACAGCGACAGCAUCACAGUGGAAUUUGACGAGGUGUCAGGCGCCACUGCAUACAUCCUGCGGGCAGAGAACAAUGACGGCUUCUUCUCAGAGAGUGUGGUGUAUGGCUCGCCAGCUACUAUUCUCAACCUGAGGGUCUACACCGAUUAUACACUUAGUGUCAUGUCAAUGAACAGUGGUGGACAUAGCCAGCCUGCACACCAAGUCCAUGCCAGGACAGUGGUUGUAGCCCCAGCACUACGCUCUGUGUCACCCACUGAGGACAGUAUUGUGGUGAGCUGGGAUCCUGUGGUACAUGCAGUUAAGUACACACUGUGUGUCAUCAUGGAGGAAUCAGACACCCAGCUCCAGGUCAAUACUUCCCAGACUAACAUGACAUUCAGCAAUCUAGAUCCAGGGGUCACUUACUGCAUCAAUGCCACAGCCUGGGACCCCAAUAGCAUCCCUGGAGAUGUGAUCACCAUCUGUCAGAUCACCCGUCCCCCUGUUCCUGCAGGUGUGCAGGUUUUAUUGACCCUGGAGAGAAUCAUGGGACUAGCUGUAUAUUGGGAGGCUGUACGUGGUGCAAGGCUCUACUUUGCCCUGAGCUCCACGGGGCAGAACUGUACAUCCAUGGGAGACCCGUUCUGCAUCAUCAGCCCAAUAGGAUGCAGUGAGAACCACACACUUACAGUCAUGGCUGAGAACCAAGCUGGCCCCAGCAGCCCAUCCCAUCCACAGGACCUGCUCACCUACCCAUGCCCUCCAGACUCAGUGGAGGUAGACCAGCCCUCUGUAGGGAACUGCUCAGUGGCAUGGAACAUGGUGCCAUGGGUGGAGUACUACAUUGUGUACAUAAACAGAGAUGAUGGAGCAGUGGAGCAAUGCAACACCACCAGCACCAUUUGCUAUUUCCAAUGUCACUGUGGCUACACCUACAUGACUACUGUAUUUGUCUACAAUGUGGCUGGUGCCAGCCCUCCAGGACCAAUUCUCAACUACACCACUGUCCCCUGCUGUCCACAGAAUGUUUACAUCACUCUUGUUUCGACUGAGACACUGGGGGUCACAUGGCCAGCAGUGCGUGGAGCAGAGUAUUAUGAGACAGUAGCAGCAGAUGGAUCAGACACACUACACUGCAGUGACACCAUGCCCAAAUGUGCCCUGUCUGACCUUACCUGCAACAGCUUAUACAGUGUUGUAAUCAGACCCUGCAGUGAGAUACGUGGUUGCAACAACACCUGCACACCAAACACACAGGAAACAGCCCCAUGUGCUCCUGAGAUCCUGAACCUUACCCAGGUGAGCAGCUCUGCCGUGCAGGUAUUAUGGAGGACUACCAACAAACAAGCCAACUAUACGGUGAAUGCUCUUGGCAGCUCCAGCACCCUUACUUGCUCAUCCACCAGUACUUCUUGUGGCAUUACCAACCUGCCUUGUGGAGCAACUUAUGAGGUCAGCGUAUAUGCCACGACCUCUGUGGGGCGUAGCUUGCCCAGCUAUAGCAUCGCUAUGGAAACAGGACCCUGCUGUCCUGAGACUCUCAGUGUGGGGCAGGUGACGCAGUCCAUGACCAGUGUGAAGUGGUCAUCCUCUAAGGGAGGCUGGUCUUAUAUCACAUCGCUGUCCUCACCACGAGGUCAUGCAAAGUGCCAUACCAUGGACACACACUGCUUGAUGGGAUGCAUCACAUGUAGCACCAGCUACAACGUCUCAGUGGAGACCAUAAGCAUUACGGGACACAAGACCUUAUGCAACUACCACGGCUUUUCUUCCAGCACUUGUUGUCCUUCUGGUGUGAGGCUGUACCGGAUGGUCAAUAGCACACUUCGUGUAUACUGGAGAAGUUCAGAUAGUGUCAGCGGUUACUCAGUUGAACUUUACAGCAACAACGCCAACUACACAUGCAGGCCAGUGCUGGGUGUCAGCUCAUGUGACAUGGACCAUGUACUGUGUGGUGACACCUACAGUGUGGUGGUUGCACCACUUACACUACAUGGUUCCAAAGUCCUAUUCUGCCCCAGGAGGCUGUACUUUGGUGAGAUUUUAUUUUCUGUGGUUGUUUUGAUGUGAUGUAAGAGAAACAGGACUUUACUGUAAUUUUUAUAUAGAUACAUGAUUAUUGUAAUUAUUUAUUGUUUUAAAGGCAAACAUUUAUUCAGGGACAGGUGGUUCCAAAAAAUGCAUAAUAAAAAUAUAUAUACAAAACAGACACUAAAUACAAACUACAGAAGUAGUGCUAUUCACACUGGAGGAAUUUGUUACAGUGCCAAGUAAUUUACACUGGUUACAAGUUUCAUCAAAAUGUAACAACAAAGUUUACAUGUACUCAGGUGUGAUUUAUUUACUAAGAGUGUUUCACUUAUAAUCUGAUUGUAGUAUCACCAGGUGUCUUUUACUCACAGAAUGUAAUUGGAAUGGAUUUGUUCUCAAAUUAAACUACAAGGCAUACAAAUUACAAAAAGAGUUACAACCCACAAGAACUACAAGGCACAACCAAUUAAAUCCCCUUUGGGAACAUAUGUACUAUUGGGGGAUUGGUGGCCCAAUAAAACAAUACAGUGCAACCAUAAACCUGAAUCACAAUUUUGCUAAACAGUUUUAAUGGUUGGGAUUUAUAGGACACCUUAACACAACACAAAUUUAGGAUCUAUUACAAAUAAUUCCAGUUAAGAAUAAAUGCUCAUUGAUGAUGAAGAUUUAUGUAAAUUCUGAAAAUUUUUUUGUUUGUUUGUUUUUACCUGUAACAGUUUCCUGUGCUGGCAACAAUGUUGGAAUGGGUAUGUAA